AUGAGUUUAGAGGAGAAACCUGUAUCAGUUGGACCAUGGGGAGGCAGUGGAGGAUACAGUUGGGAUGAUGGUGUUUAUUCAACAAUAAGGCAAUUGGUGAUAGUUCAUGAUGAAGGAAUUGAUUCCAUCCAAAUUGAAUAUGACAAGGACGAGAAUUCUGUUUGGUCACUUAAGCAUGGUGGAAGUGGAGGCCAUAAAAUUGACAAGAUCAAGCUUGAUUACCCAGAUGAAUUCCUAACAUCCAUUGAUGGAUACUAUGGUAGCUUAAAUCAAUGGGGACCAAUCUUCAUCAGAUCACUGAGUUUUGAGAGUAACAGGAAAAUCUAUGGACCAUUUGGAGUUGUACAAGGAACAUAUUUUGCCUUGCCAGUGACUGGAGCCAAGAUUGUUGGAUUCCAUGGCAGGUAUGGUUGGCACAUAGAUGCCAUUGGAGUCCAUUUGAGGUCCUAUCAGCAGCCAAAACCAUCCAAAGUUUUGUCAAGCUCACAGAACCACAUGACUAACACUACUGAGAGUGUUGGCUAUUCUGUAAUACAAGGAAGUGUCAGCCAAGGCUUUGAUAUUGUUGUUGCCGUAAAACAGAAAGAUAGUUCUGUCAAAGCUUCACCAACCAAGAAGAUUUACUCCUAUAAAGAACCUAACAGCAUUGAACCAAAAGAAAAGAUAGUUUCGAUGGUGAAGGCACCGUCAAUAGUUGAAGGUGUGGUCACAUAUGGGCCUUGGGGUGGUAAUGGUGGAUAUGUCUUUGAUGAUGGACCUUACACUGGAAUCAGACAAAUCGAUUUGUCGCGCAACGUUGGAAUUGUGUGGAUUAGAGUUUUGUAUGAUCUAGAUGGAGAGGCAGUAUGGGGAUAUAAACAUGGUGGAGCUGGAGGAUUCAAACAUGAAAAGAUGAUCUUUGAUUUUCCAUAUGAAGUCCUAACACAUAUGUCAGGCUACUAUGGAUCUUUGAUGUAUAUGGGACCUUCUACUAUAAGGUCACUUACAUUCCACACUACCAAAAGGGUUUAUGGACCAUUUGGAGAUGAAUAUGGAACUUAUUUCACAACAAGGCUGAAUGAAGGAAAGGUAGUUGGAAUUCAUGGUAGAAAAGGUUUAUUUCUAGAUGCUCUUGGUGUACAUGUGAUAGAAGGAAAAGUAAUAGUGCCAGUAGCAACAUCUCCCUCCAUGGAAAUCAUCUCAAGAGAACCAAGUAUUACAGAAAUAAACAGUGCUAAAUGGCCAGCAAAAAUUGUGCCUUCUAAAUUAGCACCACUUGAAGAGGUUUCUCGUGGUGUGGUUAAAGAGCCGGCUCAAUUUGGACCAGGUCCAUGGGGUGGGGAUGGAGGUAGACUCUGGGAUGAUGGAGUUUUUUCUGAUAUUAAGCAGAUUUAUUUGACAAAAUCACCUGAAGGAAUUUGCUCGAUUCAAAUUGAGUAUGAUCGAAACAAGCAAUCUGUAUGGUCUGUGAAGCAUGGCGGUAAUGGAGGAAGCACCACACAUAGGAUAAAAUUGGAGUAUCCAAAUGAGGUUCUGUCUUGCAUAUCCGGCUAUUGUGGUUCAAUUACUACCGAUGAACAAGAUAUAGUGAUUAAGUCACUGACUUUCUAUACUAGUAGAGGAAAAUAUGGUCCAUUUGGUGAUGAAGUAGGGAAAUUUUUUACUUCAACCACAACAGAGGGAAAGGUGGUAGGUUUUCAUGGGAGGAGUAGCAUGUAUUUGGAUGCUAUCGGAGUCCAUAUGCAGCACUGGUUGGGAAGUCAGAAAACUUCAAGAUCAUCAUCCCUCUUCAAGCUAUUUUGA